CAUGGGCUAUCUAUUCAAUAUUUAAAAAGAUCAUUACCAAAAUGAAUAUUGUCAUUUAGUUUGGAAUAUAAAGGUGAUUUGUAUUUUUAGCACACAGGCGAUAUUCUUUUUAUAGCUUUUCCGGAGCAGUUCCGGACUUAUCGUAAUAUUAGAUUGCACAACAAAAUGACAACAAACAUGGCGAGCGGCGAAGCACAUGGAGGUGGAAACGUUUUGGAAAAUUUCAAAGAUAACCUCGACAUUGUCAUCACACAAAUUAAGGAUGGUGAAACUGAACGAGAAACUGAUGAUGAUUUUGAAGCAAAGCAGAGUGAAUACUGGACCAAAGUGGGAUCAGUGUUCAAGUCCCUGUCCCAUGAAGCCACCAAAUUAUCAUUAGCAUUUUCAUCUCCUCCACUCCCAGACCAAAAGACUUGUAAGUCACUGGUGGAAAUGUGUGAGAGAGCAACAUUGGGCCUAGUCUCCCUGUUCUACAGCCUUCCCAAAUCUCAGGGGUUGUGUCUGAGGAAGUCCCUGAAGUUAGCCGUUCUCAGUGUAUUACAGGACCUACAAAAUUUAGUACACAUCUUACAUAACAACGGUGCUGGGUCCCCGGAACAACUACAGUCUACUGGCAUAGUGUGGCAAGACACAGAUAGGUUUUCCAAACUUCCUAAAGAUAACAAAGAAGCUGUGUUGGGGCUGAUGAAGACAGCAUCUGAGUUAGUGAAGGAUGCCCUCAGUGAAAUGCAGGAUGCUGUGGAGAAUGGCCCAGCUAAUGACAUGGCAGAGGUUUUUGGGAUAGAAAUGGAUGAGCCCUCCAACGAGGAUACAUGGACAGAGACAGACAAGACAUUACUUGGUCCAUGUUUAGGUCUCCUGAAGACAACACGCUCCCUACUGAAGAAGUCACGUGAGAGUGUCAGCAAGUGGGGAUCCUGUCACAGUGCGGAACACGUGUCACAGUUGGACGAUUGUGCAGAUUUCAUCGGGCGCCUCAGUCCAGCAGUAGAUGAGUUCGCUGCCAGCCUCUACCCCCCUAUGAGGUACUCAACUGUUCAGGAAAAUGCAAAAGAUUUGUAUAAUCUUCAAAGGACGAUCCUAAUUUUCCUCCAGAAAUGCCACAUGUGUAAUGAAGAUGAUCAGAAGUGGGUGGAGUUCCUGAUGACAGCUAAUCAACACAACUGGGAGAAUAUUAAACAGAUAACAGACACUAUCCCUGAUCCUGUCACCUGAGUAGAUUGAGCGUCAUACUAGAUAAUAAAGCAAUGUCAGUAAACUUAAA